AUGUCACAACCGGAGGUUGACCUGGACCAGCUUUCCGAUAGCGAGAAGUCUGCGCUAGAAAUGUACAUGGCCGUUACUAGCCAGGAACCUUCAGAGGCAAUUCCCAUCCUACGCCGGUCACAAUGGAAUGUGCAGAUCGCCAUCUCCAAGUUCUUCGAUGGGGAAGGCCCGGAUCCCCUUGAAGAAGCUCGCGCUGCCAUGGACCGCCCGCCUCCACCCCAACCCAACCGCCGAACCCAAAAUUUAAUGACCGACGACUUGAACGAACACUUGUCGCAGAUUACUCGCGCCACAGCUACAGAUCUGGCUCCGCGAGUUGACACACAAUCAGGAGACCAGCAUACCUACCGGCCUCCAUUCAUUCUUAGUCUACUUCUCAGUCCGUUUAAUCUGGUCUAUCGACUCCUCUGCAGUUCAUUCCGCCUCUUUGGUGUCCUCUUCCCUUUUUUGCCACGCUUGUUCAACAGGACGGCAAACCCUGCGCUGCAAGGCGCUCGCCGGAAUACCACUGGCCGUCGAUCCCUCGGUCCCAAGGACACUGCCGCUCGCUUUAUCCGCGAGUUCGAGGAAGAGUAUGAAUCUAACCCGAUUCCGUUCCUGGAGAACGGAUACAACAUGGCGCUGGAGAAAGCCCAUCGCGACUUGAAGUACCUCCUGGUCAUUCUCUUAUCCCCCGAGCAUGACGAUACCAACAGCUGGGUCCGUGAUACCCUGCUGGCACCCGAGGUCGUGGAAUUCAUCAACGACUCCCAGAACAACCUCCUGGUGUGGGGCGGCAACGUGCGAGACUCCGAAGCAUACCAAGUCGCCAACUCAUUGAAAUGCAUCAAGUUCCCCUUCGCAGCGGUCAUCGUCCAUACCCCGAACGUUUCGUCAACCGCCAUGUCUGUCGUAGGGCGGAUCGCAGGCCUCACUACGCCAUCCGAGGUGGUGAACAAGCUCCGGGCAGUCGUGACAGCUAACAGCGAACCCCUGGAGCGACUUCGGUCGUCACGUGUAGAGCAACAAGCCUCGCGCAGCCUCCGCGAAGAGCAAGACUCAGCCUAUGAGCGGUCGCUGGCGAUCGACCGUGAACGGGCGCGCCAGCGCCGGGAAGCGGAAAUGGAACGUCAACGCGAAGAACAGGAAGCCGCUGGCCGACAGGCGGCAGAGGAGCAGCAGCGCCGCAAUCUCACCCAGUGGAAGGUUUGGCGCGGACAAUCGCUUAGCGCAGAGCCCGGACCAGAUGUUAAGGAUGCGGUUCGUAUUAGCGUGCGGCUCCCGUCGGGCGAUCGUAUCAUGCGCAAGUUUGCGCCCGAUGCGGACAUUGAAGAGAUCUACGCGGUGGUUGAGUGCUACGAGGUCUUGCAAGAGCAGGAUACACAGCCGGUGACGAGUGCACCAGAGGGAUUUGUGCACCAAUACGGAUUUCGACUAGUCUCACCGAUGCCUCGGGUGGUGUAUCCGGUUGAUGAGGGAGGGUCGAUCAAAGAAAAGAUUGGCCGUGGUGGCAAUCUGCUAGUGGAACUGAUCGACGAGGAUGAAGAUGAACCUGUGACCGACAUGUCUUGA